AUGCCGCCUAUCAACGACCUCAUUGCGAACAUUCGAAAGAAACGGGACCAGGCCAGGUCCAUCCAAACACCUGCCACGGCUUUUAUCCACACCCGUGCACAUAAGAUCUUCGAGAAGAUCAACUGUUGCUGGAACGGGCAAUUUGUGAAUAUUCCACCAGCGGCUACAAUCCGUGUUCGAAGGUCUGAGUACCAGAAGCUCCUUCGACUACUUGCACAAGAUCAAGACGUCGAACGGUUCGCCUUUCGUCAGUUGAAACUGUUUUACGACAAUCAGAGCUGUAGGCUGUCAUACGAAAUAGUUACUUCUAUCCAUGAAGGCAUCCAGGAGAACGUCAAGGGCGUUAUCAGUGAGCAGUUCGGUGUUCUCAAGGCGAGAUCAGCAGAGGCGAAGAGAGUCUUAGACAUUGUCAGAAAUAGGGGUAGUACUACUAUCCCGUUGUCGGAGAACGAGAAUACCAAAGUGUCGCCAGAUGCGCUCUACGUUCUCAGGAAAGGCACGACGGAGACUCCUUGUUUCUUCCUGGAGGUCAGCUUCUCACAGUCACUCAAAGCCGCAAAGAACAAAGUCAGGAAGACCAUCCGCGACACGAAGGGCUGUCCUGGCUUAGGUCUGAUCAUCAAGGUACCCUACGCAACUCCGAAGCAGCUAGCGCAUCCUCGGCCUGAUCUCCCGCGUGCGGCUACUUACCAUCUCUUCAAGUGGACUACGGAGCAAGGCGCAGAUGGUGUAGUCAAGAACAAGGUUGUUCGGGUCCACAGGGCGCGACAGUUCCGCGAUGAAGGGGGCAAUCUUGUUCCUGGGAAGCUCUCUAUCACUCUGCGGGAUUUCGUCGGAGAGGCGCAGUUCCCGAACUUUCCAUUCCUAAACGAUCCUGCAGUAGCCCGCGCUCUCGACGAGGCCAUCGAGAUUGAUCACUCUGAGUUGGCACGUUGGUUGGAGGAGUUGGAAUCCUCUGCUCGCGACGGAGCACUGGACCUCGCUUCUGAUAAUCAGGAAGAACCUGACGAGGUCCCACCUCCUGAUGAUGAAGUGGUGGACGGAGUGAGGACUGUCGUUGAACAGUACUCCGAUGACGAAGACGAGAGCGACACGUCAAUGCUUAGUGCCACCAGCUCAGAGAAGUCAGAAGGAUCCGAGUUUGUUCCCUCCUCUGAAUCUGGUAGCUCCGGGUCUAACGAUUCUUGA